AUGGCUACUGCUUCUAAUAUUGAUGAUCUUCUUCAAUGUCCAAUUUGUUUGGAAAUUUUUCAUGAUCCUAAAGUUCUCGAUUGUCAACAUACAUUUUGCGCCAAUUGUUUAAAAGUACAUUUAUCUUCAUCAUCAAAUAUAUUACGUACACCAAAUGCAAUUGAUUGUCCAGUAUGUCGUCGACGAUCAAAUCUAAUUAAUAAUUCCGUUGAUAGUCUACCAGGAAAUUAUAUUGUACGUGAUAUAAUUGAACGUAAAUAUGGUACAGCAACACCUGAACGUCCGGCUGGUUAUAAUCAACAAAUUCAAGAUCGUAUUAAAAAAUUACAAAAAGCAGAUGAAGAAGAAAAAGAUGACACUAAUUAUUCGGAUUAUAUAAAACCAGCAGCUGCUGCUCUUAUUGGUGUAGUUGGUGGUUUACUUUUAGCUAAAGGUGUAAAAAAAUUACGUGACCACAAUGUCAAUACAAAUAAAUCAUCGAUGAAAUAUGAAGUUAAAGGCUUUAAUAUUAUUUAUUUCGAAGUUCAACUUGAAGAUUGUUUUUUGUUAUUUAUAGGUAUUGAUGAAGAAAUGAAAAUAAGACCAAAUAUAGAGAAAAAACUGAAGCAAAUGGAUGAAAAUGGAAGUGAAGUUGAUUUUGAUAAUGAUAAUGAUGAUGAAGAUAUUCUUGAUUUAUAUGAAAAUGAUGAGAAAAAUGGUACAGUAACAGCUCAUGAUUUGUCGAAUGUCGACAUGGAAUCAAGUUCAAAUGAUGAUAAUAAACUUGAUGCGUUAGAUGAUCUUAAGAAAAAAAUCAAUUGA